AUGGCGACUCUCAAUCAACGACAGAAACGACAGACGUACUGGGACUCGGGCCGGAUGAGUCCAGCUCUACAGCGAGCCCGACUACCAUUCCGAGCAAAGAAUUUGAUGAUGGGCGCCGGGAUAUUAUCGUUCACGUUUGGAGUGUACAUGUACUCGAUAGCGGCGGUCAAGCAGGACGAUUUCUCGGACAUUCCAGCCCCAUCGCUAGAGAAGAUCCAGCAGAUCAACCGGGAGAACGAACAGCGGAUACAGGCCGAGCAGGCAGCUCUCGACGCUGCGCGGGCUGCCUCCGACCUCACGUCAGCUAGGCCAGCCGCGAGCCUGCCCCCCAUCGGCCUGCUGGGCUCUACCGCCAGCUGGCUCAAAGGCCGCAACUCGUCUAGCGAGAUUGUCCACGGCGCCCCACCCGUCGAUCGGAUUGGAAAAAUCGACGACCGUCAAGUGGUCGAAAAAGAGCGCAAGUUGGUCUGA